AUGCAAGAUGCGAAAUUACAACUGCAAAGAAGGAGAAUAUCCACCGUUUCCUCUGCACUGGCUGAGACUGCAGCUUCAAUGGCAGUAGCUGUAACUGUCGUUGGUGCAGCAGCUACCCUUCUUGUAAAGAGAUCCAAAACGUCUGAGUCAGCACAGAUUCAAUUCAAAGCAUGUGAAGAUUGUGGAGGUUCUGGUAUAUGUUCUGAAUGCAAUGGUGAAGGAUUCGUUCUUAGGAAACGUUCUGGUGAAAGUGCUGAGAAGGCAAGAGUCCAAGCCAAGAAUAUGGCAACUCGAUUCACAGCUGGACUUCCAAAGAAGUGGAGCUAUUGUACAAAAUGCUCUUCUAGUCGAUCCUGUUCAACCUGUAGUGGCAGUGGAAAGCUAAGUUACUAG